AUGGAUUCGCACGCCAUCCAGAUUGCAGCAGGCAUGGAAGGAGUCUUCAAGCAUUGCCAAAAUGGUGGGAUAUAUAAACAUGUCAGUGGAACCUCAUGGAAGAAAGUUAGCGGAGAGAUUGCCAACUUCGAAAUCGCGGUAGAAAAAUACCUGCACCGAGCGAAGACUGAAAAUACCAUCAGCCGUUUAGACUUCAAUAGCACCCCCUGGCAAAUCAUCCGACCACCGACAGGAUGGCACACUGAGAAGGUUCAACCUGCGGAACAGAAAUGGUGCCCCGGUCAAAGUCACUUAAUAAAGGCGCUUGCAGACGCCUUCACCCAGUUCAAGGUUUCCCAGGGGAAAUCGCCUUUUAAAGUAGCUUGGUGCAAGAGCGAUAUGACGGAGUCGAUCAAUUAUAUGAAAAAUGGUACCGUCGACGCGUGUAUCACCUAUCACGCGGCCGCAGAACAGUUAGCCAUUGACCAAAACUUUGCUAGAAAUCCCAGCUACUAUGCCUUCCGGGAGCGCUUCCUACUAGUCGGCCCACCAUCGAACCGGGCAAAACUCGACAGCAGUGAUAGCGUGGAGGAAAUGUUUCAAUCAAUUUACUCUGUAGCUGAGUCUGGCAAGAAUGCUCCAUGGGCUCAAACAAAGUCUCCAUGGUACCACGAGAACGCAGAGUAUCCAAUCCAAGCGCUGACGACUGCGGUAAGGUUGGGAGAGUACACCCUUACAGACUGGGGAGCUUCUCUCUCGGUCCCUCACGAGGUCCAAAACAACCUCACCAUCUAUAAAAAGGGACCAGACAAGGAAGAUGAUCCGCUCCUUAUGCCUGCUCAUCUCCUAGUGAGCGAUGAGCCUCCGCUUGCAAAGUAUUUCGCGCAUUGGCUGGUUAGUAAAGAAGGUCAGGUAGUCGUCGCUGGCUUCAUGAAGGAUGGAAAGCAUGUUUACUCCGGUGCGCCGUGA